AGAGAGAGAGAGAGAGAGAGGCAGAGCAUAGCAUAUAGGAAUCGGUUUACUAGGCUUUUGGCAUUUUGCGCUUUUGUCCAACCCCUUAGUGAGAAAAAGCAAGAGAACGAGCUAGAACAGUGACAACCAAGUGGUUGUUAUAAGAACCAGAAGGAGCACUCAAAAACCCCACCUCCCCUGCCCCCUCCCCCAGGUCGUCUCCGAGAUUUAUGCUUUGUUUCGGUUUUUCAGUCUAAUCAUAUAGGAACAUCACAUGGACAGCCAGCGCAGUCCUCAUCUUAGCUGGGUUUACUACUGCAAGGCCAUGGAAGAGCUGAGAAGUUCCCUUUUGUGCACUUCUUUGGAGCUUGAGCAAACGAGGUUGGCAGUUCAAGAGGAGCUUAGGAAGAGAGAUGACCAAUUACUUCAUCUCAAAGAUCUGCUUAGCAAAUCCAUGAGAGAAAGAGAUGAAGCGCAAGAGAAAUGUCAAAGGCUCUUCCUUGAGAAGAUCCUACUUCAACAUCAACAACAGCAGCAGCAGCAACAGACGGGUCCUCUUUCAGGAAUUUCCAGCAUUGAAGAUGAACCCAGAAGAGGAAUUGACUCCAACAAUGGCUUCUCAUCGUCAGAUUGUGAGGAGAGCAUUGUUUCUUCUCCGAUUGUUGACCCCAUUCCACCACCCCAAUUGCCUCCUCCGCCACCAGAGCUAGUGCCUGAGAAGCCAUUGCCUGAAAAAGGUAAGCUUUUACAGGCAGUGAUGCAAGCAGGUCCACUUCUUCAGACGCUCCUUCUGGCCGGACCACUUCCCCAGUGGAGACAUCCGCCACCACCACUCGAGUCCUUUGAGAUUCCACCUGUCACCAUUCCUUCACCACCACCACCACAACUACUCCGGCAAGACAUUAUUGGUUGCAGCACCCCCAUCAACUGCGGGAUCAAUAGAAAAAGGGUUCUUUGCGACGGCUCUGAUUCUCCUACAGAGACCAAGUAUCAAAGGCUUGUUCUCCAAUGACUACCAUUUCAGAGUACUCCCCAAUAUUUUUAUUAAUCAUUAUGUUUGGAAUUUAAUACUAGUAUAGGAUCUAGCAGUUGUACAGAGGGUUGUUCUAGAAAAGAAGCCAUCCCAAGUUUUAACUCACUGGAGAAGAAAGAAAAAGAGCUUGCUCUAGGCUGCUUUCCGCCUGUUUUGGGUGGAGAUUUUUCUCUCUUUUUUUCUUCACAUUUUUAGUUUUGCCCAUGAUGUGAAAGGGGUUUGAUUUGUCUAAAAACUGUUGUGUGAUGUGAACCGUUAACUUUGGUAGUAGCUCAGUGUGUGUGUGUGUGAGUGUGUGUGAGAGACAGCAAGAGAGAGGGAUUACAUCAAACAUUAUUAAGAUGAUGGGUGUGGAGUUGUUAGGGUUGGGAGGGUUGGGAUUGGUGUGGCCAACAACCAGAAGGUCUUUGGAGCCCUGCCUGUCGGGAUGAGUGGAUCCCACAAAUCCUGAAAUCAGAAUCAAGAUCUACUACUGGUGUGAUGUAUGAUUAUAUUAAUUCAAGUAUUGGUUAUUCAA